CAGCUUCAGCAGCCCGUCUGCUCUUUCUACCCUUCUCGCGUCUUCGAUAUCAUCGAACUGAAGCAAUGGUGACGCAGAAACCAACUCUUGUUGGCCCCUGACCGAAUUAUCACCCCUACGACCCAUACCGCCCCUUUGACGAACCACGACCUACCACAUACAACAACUUCCCCACCUUUGACCGAAUCCGUCCGAUGGUUUGAGAGAUUUAUGAAAGCUUGACGAUAUUUCCCACCUUUGGUCGGCUCCUUCCAACGCUUGACGACAUGGCUGUUCAUAUUCCCUUCCUUUCGCGCCUCCAUCUGAGGCAGUACUUUGCUCUCAUGCUUUCAAUCAUUCUCAUAGCCCUAGAAAGCCUAAUCUCGAUAAUUACCCUCGCAUUACCAACACCAAUUAUUACCUUCUGCUACCGCAUCACGCGACGUCUCUUCAACUACCUCUCCUCUCCGUCGUCGCGCCGCUCGCGUCAAAAGAAGAAAGGCGUCUGGUCGUCAAUAGCCAACGCCUCUGACUUCACGGAGUUGUGCGAACUAUAUGGGUACUAUACGGAAGAACACAUAGUGCAGACAGGCGAUGGCUAUCUCCUGGGUUUGCACAGACUAGGCUGGCGGAGAGGCGAGGAAGAUAUUAGAGUCAACGUAGGAGAUCGGAAGGGUGGCCUUAAGAAGAAGGUCGUAUAUCUGCACCACGGCUUGCUUAUGAAUAGCGAGGUUUGGGUAUGUUUGACAGAGAGCCAGAGGUGUUUACCAUUCGAGCUUGUCGAACGAGGUUACGAUGUUUGGCUUGGCAACAAUCGAGGGAAUAAGUACUCGAAGAAAUGUGUUCAUACCGCCCCAACAUCGACUGCAUUUUGGAACUUCAGUAUGGAUCAAUUCGCCUUCCACGAUAUUCCAGAUUCUAUCGCCUAUAUACUUAGCACAACGCACCAACCCUCAUUAUCCUACAUUGGAUUCUCCCAAGGAACUGCUCAAGCAUUCGCCACAUUGUCUAUUCACCCUACGCUCAACGAUAAAGUCGAUGUCUUCAUUGCGCUCGCUCCAGCAAUGUCCCCGAAAGGCCUGACCUCAACCAUUGUCGAUUCUUUUGUAAAGGCUUCUCCUGAUGUGCUAUUUCUUGCAUUUGGUCGGCGCGCUAUCCUAGGAUCGGCCACAAUGUGGGAGGCAAUCUUAUACCCUCCUAUAUUUGUUCGCCUCAUUGAUACCUCCUUGAAAUUUCUUUUUGGAUGGACGAGCAAAAAUAUCACGCCUCAUCAAAAGCUCGCCUCGUACCCGCAUCUGUAUUCAUUCACAUCUACGAAGAGCGUCGUCCACUGGUUCCAGAUCAUACGAAAUGGAGUCUUCCAGAUGUACGAUGACGAAGCGCCCAAUCCGAUCACUUCUAAUCGCGCCAAAUACUACAAAGUGGCCAAAUUCCCCACUAAAAACAUCAAAACGCCAAUUGUCCUUGUAUACGGUGGUUCAGACAGUCUAGUAGAUAUCGACGUUAUGCUGAAGGAGCUACCUCGCCACACAAUAGCCAAGGAGAUUCCCCACUACGAACAUCUGGACUUCCUUUGGGCAUCUUCAGUUCAUGAACUUGUUUUUCCUCACGUCUUUGAGGCAUUGGAUGAAUAUGCUGGAACGGAUGGCAUGGGAUUCGAGCCUCGAAAAGAGAAGCGCUUCAGAUCCCCGGGGCGAUACCGCGGUCUCCUUCCCGAGUCAGGCUCAUUGCCUGGACCGGAAGGUGAUGACGCUGGUGACGAAAGUUCUUCAAGUCCCGCAGUAUUAAGAGCGAAGAAAGUCAGCCAGAACACGCGUCGAAUAUCCUUCUCAGACAAGCCAGAUAUGUUCAAUCCAGAGCCGCAGACACCAGCAUCGCAAACAUCGAAGAUACCUCAUCUAGCCUCAACAUACGCCUCUGGCGUUUCCGAACGCCAACACUCGCCGACUCAUUCUACCACCUUUCCUCCACCGGGGGCGAAGGACCUGACCGACACGGUAGCCAACUCCCUAGCAGGAUCAGUGGACAUCUCCCAGAUCACAGCGCAGUCAUCAACGUCCCGGCCAGAAGGCUGGUGGAGCUCCGACGAAGUUGCAGGCACAGGACACAGUGAGCCUAGUACCCCUGUCAUACAGAAAAGUCCUAGUCGCCUGAGCAUUGACAGUCAGCGCAGCGGGAGAAGCGGAAAGUUGAGCGUCUUCGGCGAACGAGGGAUCAGUCUGGGUGUUGGUAGGGCUGUUAGCGGGAUGAGUGGUGGCUUGGGAAAAGGCGAGGGAAGUGGCACUGGGAAGCAGAGUGAGAGGUUGGAUUCGGAUGGCGGGGAUGGCAGGAAGAAGAAGAAGAAGGGGCGGAGGAAAGCAGGGGUUGGGAUGGGAAUAGAGAAGGUUGAAGGAAGUUGAC